CUGCACGACGAGCCAUCGGAGUUUGCUAAUUACGAAGAGGAAGAGGCAUCUGUUACAGAGCGAUGGAGAGCAAAACGAGAUGGUGAAUGUGUUGACGACGCAUUAAUUGUUACAGAAUUGUUACGCGAUUACGACAAGCACAAAUUACCCGGUGGCAGAAACGUACAAGUUUCCGUUGAGAUUUGGGUGCAAGAAGUGUCAAAAAUUAUCGAAAUAACGAGUGAAUUUGAGCUCGAUAUUUAUGUAACCGAGAAAUGGAUCGAUCCAUCGCUUGCAUAUGACCACAUGAAUCCUUGUAAAAGGAAUAUGUCGUUGGAUGGAGGAAAAAUAUUACCUCAAAUAUGGAGUCCACAUGCGUGCUUUGUAAACAGUAAGGAUGCAUCAAUCCAUCGUAGCCCAUUCAGUAAUAUUUUCUUGCAAAUUUACAGCAGUGGUGAAUUUGGGACUUUUUCCAGGAUCAAACUAACUGGUCCAUGCUCAAACGCUUUGCGUACAUUUCCUAUUGAUAAGCAGCGUUGCAUGUUGUUUUAUGAAUCGUUCAAUCAUAAUUAUGAUCAGGUUGCAAUGGAAUGGACCGAAACAGCUCCUCCGAUAACUAUUUUGAAGCAUAACAUAACACUGCCCGACUACGUACUUGUUGAUUUUGCAGCAACCAGUGUUAGACGAAUUGGUGCACAGCUUUAUCCACCUGGAAUAUGGAACGAGUUAAUUGCAACAUUCACAUUCCAGCGACUCUAUGGCUUUUACAUAUUGCAGGCAUGCGUUUAUAAAUUCUUAUUUAGACUUACGAAAACAAUGCUCAAAUUAUGUGAAACAUCUGGUUUGGCAAAAGCUAAACUAAUACAAGAAAUUACUUGUGAAAAAGACACUGCUUUUCAGGUAUAUGUUCCGGCUUACAUCUCUGUGUUCAUCUCUUGGGUAUCAUUCUAUUUGGGCCCAAAUCUUCCUUCGCGGACAACACUCGGUGUCAAUUCGCUUCUCGCUCUCACAUUUCAGUUCGGUUCUGUUGUCAGCAACCUGCCUAAAACGAGCGAUGUGAAAGGUGAUUUUCUUGUAUCAUGCUUAAAUAUGACACUGGCAGCUUAUAAAAUAGCAUACAUUACUGGUAUGGUGUUCCAAAAGCGGCAAGGUCUCUCAUAAUU